CGGCCCGCGAAUACAUCAAGUGUAUUUUGUUCUAUUGUUUCAAUCUUACGAUUGACGAAACUUUUUUUUUUGUUAUAAUAAAAAAAAAUUUUUUUUAAGUAAUUUUUUUUUCAAAAAUUUUGAAAUAAUAAAUUUUUUAUUUUAUUGGAUGUUCUUUAUCAGAGUACUGUCAUUACGGAUACUAUCAAGUCAAUUGAUUAAAUUAAACAAAAAACUUUUUGGUGUAAACACAAUGAUAAAACACUUUAAUUUAAUUUAUUGGUAAUUGGAAUAAUAAAAUAAAAUGUACGGAGAAAAAACAAAUGUAUCAAGAUAAUCGCAUAAUUAUGAGCCAUAGAAAAACAUACCCUGGUUAACAGUGUUUGUACUCAAUCAUCAUCAUCGUAUUUGAUCUGCCAACAAACACAUCCAAGCAAAUGAGAUCGCUGCGGUUUGAUAACAAACGGCUUCGAGUAUUCAUCGGAGAUUUGUUCGCCAUGACCAUACUACCUCUUUAUUUAAUUACCAGAUACAUCCCGCCGAGUACACUUGCAAAUCACCUAUUUUGAGCUCUGAUAAUCAAUCAUAAUUAAUAAUUAUUAUUAUUUUAUUUUUUUUAAUUGUUAAUGGAAAAUUUUAAUAAGAGAAAAGUUUAUAGUUUUUAUAAUUUUGCGGCUGGAAAUUGCAAAUGGAUAUCUUCGAAUUUUUAACGAGAUGUCCAAGUUGAGAUUGAAAGUCCCCCGAAGUCGUCGAGUAAACGACGACUGACUAUGUCGGAUCACCGCAAGCGUCACCCUCACAAUUUCCAACCCUCGCAGCCAGCCUGGUCCAUUACGCUAUUAAUCCUCCUGCUCCUACCGAUAAACUGUCACCGUAAGACCGUCGCCUUAGCUCAAGAAUCGACUUCUGAACUAGCUAAUAAUAAUCACAACAUCGUCAACAACAACAACAACAACAACAGCAAUUACAAUAAAUCUCUGGAUGUAAGCACUAGCAGAUUAAUCUCUAGUUCAACAGACAAUUACAAGGGGAUCUUGGUCUUCGAACGAGAUGUUAAAGACUCUCCAAUCAUCCAAGAAAACCACUCGGAAUCCGAGCCAGCAAUAAUCCCGGAAUGCGCGAGUAUCGGGUGCCUUUAUGAUGAUGAUAAUAAAUCACCAAGUGACUCUGAGCUCGUCAAUUCAACUCUUAACCCGAUAGUGCCCUCGAAGAUUCCUCCUCAGACGGAAAACCACUCCAAGAUCUCUCGUAAUAAUAAUAAUAACGAUAAAUUAAAAGUAUUGAGAAAACAGUAUGACGGGAGAAGCAGAAAUGAAAGCUUUGAGCACGAUAAAUUAGAGGUAACUAUUCUCGGGCUCUUUGAGCUCUCUACGGGUAAUGAACCACGUCAUGAAGGACUCACCGAGUUGGCCGCUGCUCAGCUGGCUAUCGACCGCGUUAAUCAGAUGAAUAUGCUGGACAAUUUCCGACUCAGGCUCAUUCACAACGAUACUAAGUCUGACCCAGGCGUAGCAGUGGACCGUUUCUUCUACGCCCUCUACACCGAAAAAAAGUCAACAUUGAUGCCAUUUCUCCUCGGAACAGCGAGUUCGGAAGUAACAGAAACUCUAGCAAAGAUAGUUCCCUACUGGAACGUCGUCCAGGUGUCGUUCGGGUCGACAGGGCCUGCGCUGUCCGACCAGUUCGAGUUUCCGCUGUUCCUCCGCACGGUGGCGCCAGAUUCGAGCCACAAUCCCGCGCGAAUCGCCCUUAUCAAGCACUUUGGAUGGGACACCGUAACAGCUUUAUCGCAAAAUGGAGACAUGUACUCACUGGCAGUUAAUGAUCUCGUAACCGAAUUAGAACAAGCCAACAUAACCUGCACCGCAACAAUAACUUUCGGGGAGAACGACUAUAAAGAACAAUUAAAACUACUCAAGGAAUUCGACACAAGAAUAAUUAUCGGAAGUUUUUCACCCAAGCUCGCACCUCUUCUAUUUUGUGAGGCCUACAAAUUGGGAAUGCAUGCGGGGGACUACGCCUGGAUUUUACCAGGAGAAACAAUCGACAUGUCGGGAAUGACUCGGGUUUCCGGAGGCUGCUCACCCUCUCAACUCACGCAGACCCUCAACGGUCUCAUUAUUGUUAAUAGCUACGGCAGGGCUUUAAGUCAAGAACUAAGCUCUUCUGGUCUGACGAGUGAAGAUUUCGCAUCAGAGCUGAACAAAAGAGGUGUCACGAUGUCACGAUUCGCAGCCCAAACAUUUGACGCGGUUUGGUCAAUAGCAGUGUCCCUCUCGAACACCGAAUUAAUAUUAAAUGAACGCAACACGAGUAUUGCUGAGUACACACACGCACGGAAGGAUAUUGCUUAUGACCUGCUCAACGAAUUGAAAAAUCAAAAUUUCCUCGGCGUUUCCGGGCCUGUUUCUUUCGAUGGAGCCGAUCGAGUUGGAAUUACCGCCUUUUAUCAAAUGCACAGUCACACCGUGAGAAGAAUCGCAAUUUACACCCCCGAGGACGAAAACCUGACACUAGAUUGUCCUGGAUGUGGGCAGGUGCGUUGGCCAGGGGGAGUUCCCCCUGUAGCUCGGCGCGUCUUUCGCAUUCGCAUGAUGACGAUAGACACCGCGGCUUUUCUGACAGUAUCAUGUCUAGCGAGCAUCGGAAUGACAUUGGCGCUGUCAUUUCUGGUCUUCAAUCUUCAUUUUCGGCGACACAAGAGCAUUAAACUCUCGAGUCCGAGACUCAACAAUAUGGCUGCAGUUGGAUGCGUUCUAGUUUAUGGAGCUGUUAUUCUUCUUGGAUUAGAUCAUAAGACGCUGCCUAAUGAUUAUUUUCCUACUAUUUGUACGGCACGUGUCUAUUUACUGUCAGCCGGGUUUUCGCUGGCAUUUGGUUCAAUGUUUACAAAAACAUACCGGGUUCAUCGGAUAUUCACACGAAGUCGCAGCGGAGUUGUUAAGAACAAGCUACUGCAAGACACUCAACUAAUUAGUUUAAUAUGUGUGCUUUUACUGAUCGAUGGACUUGUGGUAACGCUGUGGGUGACAUUGGAUCCAAUGGAGCGAUAUCUUCGUAACCUCACGUUAGAGAUAAGCCCUCAGGAUCGCGGCGUUGUCUAUCAACCACAGGUUGAAGUAUGCCGAUCACAGCACACUAAUGGCUGGUUGGCUUCUUUGUACGCUUACAAAGGCCUUUUGCUGGUAGUCGGUGUCUACAUGGCCUGGGAAACUCGACACGUGAAAAUCCCGGCGCUUAACGACUCCCAGUACAUUGGAAUGAGCGUAUAUUCAGUAGUAAUUACCUCUGGAAUAGUGGUAGUACUUGCGAAUUUAAUGUCAGACCGUGCGACCCUCGCGUUUGUUACAAUCACUGCCCUAAUUAUGGCCUCCACGACGUCGACACUUGUCCUGCUCUUUCUCCCUCAGCUCAACAAUAUCAUGGGUGGCGAAAGGACUGAUCCAGUUGUUCAGAGCUUGGGGUUGAAAAUUGAGUUCAAUACCAGGAGAUUUGUCACCGAUGAUAGAAGAGAGCUUCAAUACAGAGUGGAAGUACAGAACCGUGUGUACCGCCGUGAAAUGGCACAAUUGGAAUUAGAAUUAGCAAGACUGGAAAAACAAUUAGGCCAAGAGCCAGUGGAUCCCUCUCACGCCUCGUCGAGUGCGUCUAUACCCCAACGAAAUCCAAGCAUCGGAGGUGGAUUACCUUUGUUAUUGCUGAGUGUGCUUCCACCAGUUAUUCCGCGGGCCAGUUGGCCGUCCGCGAAUUCUUCUGGCAUGCGUCGCGGAACCGUAGCAUUUAGCAGCCAGCCAGAUUUGGACCCAGCUGGACCCAGGAGAAGCUUAGCAGACAUUUAUAAGCUUCAGUGGAGACGCGAAACUGAGGGUCCUAAUCGAUUGGGAGUUUUUCAAAGGUUGUUUAGUCUGUUUGGGAGCCGGCCUAACAGCAGAAAGACUUCAACUGCUUCAUUUACUGGUGUAGCAUCAGCAUUAAAAGUACACAUGGGUUACAUAGCGGGACUGGUACCGGGUACAAAAGCCUCAUCAACAUGUCAAAUGAACAUGCCCCAGGGCUUGCAAUCGAGCCACCACUGCGGAUCGGGACCCAUUAUCAACAUCACCAGCGACGAGGAGCGGCGCUUAAGUUUGGGCUUAAGGCGGAAGGAAAGCAGCGAGCCGAGGGUUAAUUUCAGCCUCCCUUCAAAAGCAAAUGCAAGCCAGAGUUCGUCCCGUGAGAAGAUCCGAGGAUCUCCGCGGUUUCCGCACCGAAUAAUGCCAGCAACUAGCCUGAACACUAUUUCCGUGGAUGUCAACGCUUCUCAGCCUCUGCGAUGGCACUCCAUGGAAGACGCAUCGCGUUCGAAGAACCAAAAUUUGACGCGUCGAAAUAUUGACGUUAAUAUUUAUUUAAACGCUAAUAAUAAUAACAAUAAUAAUAAUAAUGUUAAUGUCAAUAAUAGCAACAGUCUAUUGGGACAAUACAGUUACGCGGUUAAUUACGACGUUUGGGCGACGCACCAAGUUGGGAUUCCCCUGAGUGAAUUAGCAAACACUGCUCGAGGACAGCGACAACGACAACUUAACAAUGAUCCUCGAAAUAAUCAACAGUCCCUGAUUAUUCCGGCUGAUUCUGAUGUCAGAGCUGAUGAUUUGCUCGCUUGUGAUUUCAGCGAACUCUUUAGGGACAAAAAUAUUUUAUUCGCUCAGAGUAAUAUUGAUGAAACGCCUAAGGGAAUUAAUACUGAGGCUGAGGCUCAAGCUGAAGAAGAAAAUCUAAUAAAUAAUUCAUUAAGCAAUUAUACUGAUAAUGAUAAUUAUAAUUAUGAUAAUGAUAAUGAUAAUGAUAAUGGAGAACCUUCUCAUAGAGAUGUAGAGACUGUUAUUGUUGAAAUUGAAAAUACUUAUCAAUCGAGGUGUGAUGAUAGUGAUAAUAGGCAAGGUUGUAUAAGUGAGGGUGAUAAUGCUGCCGUUGGAUCUAAUUGUGAUUUAUCUGAUCGCAAUUAUGAUACACAAUAAUUUAUUCAAUGUAUUUUAAUUAUUAUUUCUUACUCUGGUAAUAAGAAAUUUUUUUAUUUUAUUUAUAAGAAGAAAUUAAUUGAUAAGGGGUUUUAAAAAUUCAAUUAUUUUUAGUUUUAUAACUGAGGGAGCAUUCUGGUUCCGCUCGAAAAAAAGGUAAAUUUAUUAACUAUUAAGAAUUUUAUUUAUUUGAAGACAAUUAAUUGAUUUAUUAAAUUUUAAUAA